GUCAACCUAUUCAUCUAAUUUAUUCACAGAAAAUUUACCAAACUCCAUUUUAAUAAGCUCAACAGCACUAAUACAUUUGCAAGAUUUAUAUGCGUACAUACAUGGAGAAUGAUUUCAUGAUCCAUUCAGCGAAAAGAAUUCUCUGAUUCACUGAGAAUCAAUGGCUAAAAAUCCCACUCCGACUCAUUCUGAUUCGAAUAUCUGUCUCUAUCUAUUCUUCACUCUGUACUGUGUUGUUUGUGGGUGCUGUCUGUCGUACGGACAAGUACAAGGUGAUGCUGUCGGUCGGUACAACGCCGUCACUCUGUCCAGCUUCACAUAUGCAAGGACUGCGCUCAAACCUUAUGAUUGGCGUUAUAUCAGAGUGGAUUUGCCUCCGUGGUUCUCUUCACUAGACAUAAGUCUAGAUUCAGAUGUCGAUAUUGACCUCAAGAAGAUUAGAAAGUCACCUAAAAGUACCAUGCCAAUUAUUUGCUUCCGAGAAGGAAGCCCUCCUCUGCCUGAUGUCUAUAACAUUUCUGCUACAGGGCUAGUGUUAGACUAUGUCUCCAAUGGCUCCUUUGUACAAGAUCUCCAACUUGUUGAGAAGUGCUAUCCGAUGCAGAAGACUAUAUUUUUGAAAUUAACAAAUGAGCAGAUACCUUCCGGUGUAUGGUAUAUUGGCCUAUUUAAUGGUGUUGGACCUAUGAGGACGCAGUCAAAAAUGAUUAAUCGAGGUUCAGCAUAUUCUUUCAGUGGGAAUAUAACUGUGGAAGGUUGUACGACUUCAGCCAUCUCUGGACAAUUCUGCAAUCAGUCCGUUACUUCGCUUUCUUGCCUGGAUGGCUAUAGCCUGCCUGAAAUUGGUUUAAAUGGAUCUUCCAACCAAUCGACGGGAAAUGUGAUGUCAUGCAAAGUUGAAGACAGUUGUCAUGGAUAUAGGGAGUCCAAUGUCUACUCAUUUGAUAUUUUGGGUAUCACCGAAAGGGUGAUUCUUACUGCAUCAAAUGUUAGAUUCAAUCAGUCACAGUCUUCAAACAGCACAAAAAAUGGCGGCCAUAUACCUCUGAUGAUUUAUGUUCGAUAUAGGGCAAUGCCACUGACAACACUGCAUGAUUAUUCUGGGGACAUAACUGAUGCCCCUUUGGUAAUGCUCUCACCCAAGAUUGGUCGUUGGUAUAUUAUUGUUCAACCAACAAAUGUGUCAGAAAUGGUCGAUGCGGAUAAAGAAGUUUGUUAUUCGUUACAAUCACAAAUACUUCAGUGUCCAGUCGGUAAGGCUGGAUUGAACUGUACCUGGGAAAGGUACAUGCUUCAGACUGUUUUGAGGAAAAAUCCAACUGUGCCCUUUGAAUCAUAUUAUCUACCAAUCAGUGACAAAGUAUCAUCGGAUUCUGCUAAUUUCCCAUUGGAACCUCUAUUGACCAACACUUCCAAUGGAGGAAACAACGAUGUUGUUUGGACCUUUUUCCUCAUAGACAUCCCCUUUGGUGCUACUGGUGGAAAUAUUCACAUUCGUCUUUCAUCAGACUCAAAUGUUGGAUAUGAAAUAUAUGCGAAAAACGGUGGACUGCCUACUAUCAAUAGCUGGGAUUACUUCUAUGCAAACAGCACAAGCAACAGCAAUGGCUCCAUGUUUUUUAAGCUGUAUGAUACAAGUGAUAAGAAAGUGAGUUUUUACAUCUUAUAUGCGAUUGGAGGAACUUGGAGUUUUGGGUUGAGGCAUACAAACCCAAGUAAACUUAACUCGAUGGACCAAACUAUCAUGUCAAUCUCACUAGAGAGGUGCCCUCAAAAAUGCUCUUCUCAUGGAACAUGCCAAUCUCUCGUGGAUGCCAGUGGGCUAACAUUAUACAGUUUCUGUGCUUGUGAUCGGAAUCAUGGAGGCUUUGACUGUAGUGUUGAACUUGUCUCUCAUUUAGGAAACAUGCUGAAACGUGUAGGGCACAUGUGGCAAUCAAUUUCUCUCAUUGCAUCAAAUGCUGCAGCCUUGCUUCCUGCUUAUUGGUCUCUUCGUCGUAAGGCAUUUGCUGAAUGGGUUCUUUUCACAUCAAGCGGAAUCUCAAGCGGUUUGUAUCAUGCGUGCGAUGUGGGCACAUGGUGUGCAUUAACUUUUCACGUCUUACAGUUCUUGGAUUUCUGGCUUUCUUUCAUGGCCGUUGUCAGCACUUUUGUAUACUUGGCUACUAUCAGUGAAAUUUCAAAGAGGACGAUUCACACUGUCGUUGCAAUCCUUACAGCCCUUAUGGCUGAAACCGGGCCAACCAGGUCGUCCAACAUUAUAAUCGUCGUGGCUAUAGGGGCUGCGGGUCUGCUUGUCGGGUUGUUGAUCGAGUUCUUUACCCGCCAUAGGAUGCUUUCGUUUCCAACAGAAAUCAGUUUGAAUCUGCUUCACAGGUGGGAGGGUAUAAAAACGUGGAUUCAUAAUCUCAUCAAGACACUUCUAAAGCGGUUCCGUUGGGGCUUUUUACUUGCUGGCUUCAUGGCAUUAGCAAUGGCUGCAGUAAGCUGGAAGCUGGAAACCAGUGAAAGCUACUGGAUUUGGCACAGUUUGUGGCACAUUUCCAUAUACACGUCGUCUUUCCUUUUCCUCUGUUCGAAAGUAGAUGUCCCGAAUCCAAACUGCGAGACCGAACAACCUAGGGAUGGGAGCUAUGAGUUAACACGCCAAAACUCAUUCACAGGAGAACAGCGAGACGACAGGUAGGACAACACUACACUUGAGUUUAGUUACACCAUAGCACAGAGAAAACGCCACUGCUCAGAUCAGACCAAAUUAGCCGAAGGAUUCUGUCAAAUGAAGAAGAUUGUUGUCUCAAACAAGGUAGACGGCUAGAUAAACCAAAAUAAAGGUAUUCUUUGAUGGGCUUAUUGGAUUGGUAAAAUUGCAGCAGUCAUUCUUCUUCUGCAAAUGUUUAUUGAUAGGAAACGAAAACCGAGGAAUGUAAAUGUAGAAUAGCAAAGGACCAUGGCCAUGGGAAGUGUACUAUAUAAAUAUGAAAAAAAAAAUGUUUGUGAAAACAAAGAGUAGUGAUAAGGUACCAAGAUGUUUGAUAUGAUGUAUGUAUAUUGUUGUUUCAUCAAGUGUAGAGGCAAGAAUAGCUUCAUAUGAAUACUACCAUUCUGAGUGAGGACAAAGAGCUUUAUGCAGCAACCUUUCAGUGCCAUAUAUGGGCAAUCCAUGGAUGAUAUUGUUGUCUAUUCUUGAAACUUUUGAGGACUGAAGAUUCAAGAAUUGUUUAGAAACUGACAUGUGGUGAUAUUGAGUCUGAGAGGUUAGAGCUGUUAAAACGGACGAGCCCGUGACGGAUUGAGAAAUACAUAGAAGAAACUAAUAAUAAUAUUUUCAAUGUUAAUUU